AUGCACGUCAUUCUCACGGGAGCGACCGGCCUUGUUGGCUCCGGCGUCUUGGAUGCCAUGAUCAAAUACGAACGCAUCACUAAAAUCUCCAUUCUGAGCCGCAAACCCGUUCCAAUGGCCGACGACGCCAAAGACACAAGGAUCAACGUCAUCAUCCACAAAGAUUUCGAGCAGUACGACGCCUCUGUGCUUGAAAAGCUCAAAGGUGCCCAUGGCUGCGUAUGGGCCCUCGGAAUCAGCCAGUCCAGGGUCAGCAAGGACGAAUACGUCAAAAUCACAAAAGACUACGCCCUCGCCGCCGCACGCGCAUUCUCCACGCUGUCGACUAGCGAGGACCAGCCCUUUCGCUUCGUCUACGUAUCUGGCGAGGGAGCUACACAGGAGCCCGGCCAUUUCACGGCUGUUUUCGCCCGAACAAAAGGAGAAACAGAGGUUGGGCUUGCAACGAUGAGCAACGAGCUUCGUACCAUGCGAGCUUACUCAGUCCGACUGGGCGGCGUGGAUGCAUCGCAACAUGAUGCGAUUAAACAGUAUAUCCCGGAUCCAGGCGCCAUGUAUAGAGCUAUGGGAAGUACUCUUUAUCCGGCGCUCAGGUCACUCAUGCCAUCGGCCUUGGCGCCUACAGACAUCACUGGCGAUUGCCUUUCCAAGAUGGCCAUGGGGGAACUAGAUGAUAAGAUUGAAGGGCCAGGUGCUGUCAAUACCGGGCUAACUUGGACUUUGAAUAACAAGGCCAUGAGAAGAGUGGCGGGGAGGUGA